ACUUCCAAACAGCAACUGAGAAGGAGCUCGAAGUUGCAUACAACAAGUAUAAAGACUUCUACGUCCAGUACCAUCAGGACCACCCCGCGGCAGUCACAGACUGUUAUAAUGAAUAUCUAGGAACCCUCGGUAAGCAAG